AUGAUCCCAAUUUCAACAAUUCCAACCCUCACGCUCUACCGAGGCUGGCUAGAACCAAACCAUUACGUCUGGUCCCCCUUCGUAGUCAAGCUCGAAGCCAGACUACGCCUUUCGGGCGUCCCCUACAAGACAGCCUCGGGAUCCGUCCAAACAGCACCAAAAGGCAAGAUCCCGUACGUCGAGAUCGCGGACAGCAAGGACGGAAGCAGCCUUGCCCCAGCAAGCAUCGGCGACUCGACGCUCAUCAUCAAGCACCUGAUCGAGCGCGGCAUUCUGCCAGACUUGAACGCCGGGCUAUCGCCGUCCGAACGAGCGCACGAUUUGGCAAUUCGCGCUUUGCUGGAGGAUAAAGCUUACUUUUACAAUACUCGCGAACGAUGGACAGAAAACUACUACACCAUGCGCGACCACGUUCUCAGCGCGAUCCCUUAUCCGAUCCGUAUCGUUGUUGGGUUGCUCAUCUACCGCUCCACGGUAAAGACUCUGAAUGGCCAAAGGACGGGUCGGUACUCAGCAGAGGAGAUCCAAGGUCUCCGGGACGAGGCCUGGGGCGCCGUAAAUGACUUGCUCGUUGCGUCGAAGGCAAAAGCAAAGGAUGGAGAUCGUCCGUUUUGGGUGCUUGGGGGUGAAGAGCCGACUGAGGGUGAUGCUACGGUAUUUGGAUUUGUGGUUUCGGCGUUGAUAUGUGAUGCUGGACCGAAGUUGAGGGGGUUGGUGAUGGGUUUCCCUGUGAUAAGAGAGUAUGCUAGGAGGAUCCAUGAUGCAUACUUUUCGGACUAUGAGUGGGUUGAGUAG